UCCUUGUGGCGCGGAGAGUAUUUUCUUCUUCUUUUGCUUGUGGGACAAGCCCGAUACAAAAGAUCAUAGAUGUCGGGGAAUUUGGAGAAGGUUCGGUGUCGUUUGAUUUGAAGUAGAAAAAAAGAGAAAAAAGAAAGAAGGAAAAGAAGAUAAUGUGGAGGCGGAGCCAUGCGACGGAGCUGGGGUGCAUUGCGUGCGAGGAGCUGAGCCAGGUGGGCGCGGGGAAGGAGGGAUGGCUGGUGGACGACCCCAACCUUCUCUGCGCGCUCGACACCCACGCCCUCGCCCUCGCCAACAGGUCCCUUAUCCUCGUCCUCGGUUGGUCCGAUCCCGACGCUCCCCGCCUCAAGAUCCGACCCGAUCUCUCUCCGAUCGCCUCCGAGCACAUCACCGCCGUCGAGUGGUUGGUGUUCGACGAGAUUCGGGUGGUUGUGGCCGGGACCUCUUCUGGGUAUUUCCUCAUUUACUCUCUAGGCGGUGAUUUGAUUCACAAACAGAUGAUAUAUCCAGGACGAAUUCUGAAGUUAAGAGUUCGUGGAACAAAGAGAGAUUUGAUCCAGGACACAUCCUCAGAGGAGGUUUGUGUUGUCAUGCCUGGUGUAGUUGCUCGCUGUGAUGGUUCUGAUAUUCAGAGUAUGCUGCAACAAUGGUUUCAAGAAACACAUACUCAGUUUUGGGACCAGAAACCCAAAAGGCGAGAUUUUGAGGGCUCAGAAACACCUUAUGGAAAAUUACCUUUUCAGUUAUGGAAUGUUAGCAAGUAUGGGUCUUGUGCUGAUGCUGCAAUCACUGGCAUAAUGCCUCCACCGCUGAUGGAACACCAGUCAAGUCAUCGUUAUUUCUGUGCUGUCGCCAUAGGAGAGGAUGCUGUGAUUUCAGCAUUCAGGCUUUCAGAAGACAAAAGCAGGUCUUUAGUGGGAGCUAUUUUGUCAAAAGUCGUGCCUGCAACAUUUUCAACGAUAGCUUCUUUCUCAAGAAUGAUUUGGCGGAGUGAACAAACGUCACCAGGAAAAUCAGAUGUGAAGCCUCAAUCAUUUGCUCGAGCUUCUCCUUUGACAUGUUUGAAGGAUCAUCCAAGGAAGGGUGAGAAGCUGACGCUAUCACCUAGUGGUACAUUGGCUGCUAUAACAGAUUCGCUUGGUCGUAUAUUGCUCUUAGACACUCAGGCACUUGUGGUGGUGCGGUUAUGGAAGGGAUAUCGCGAUGCUAGCUGUCUAUUCAUGGAGAUGCUAGUUAAUAGAGAUACUGCAGCACCAAGUUCCAGUUCUUAUGAACCAGUGAAGAGCGAUUACUGUCUGUGUCUGGCUAUUCACGCACCUCGAAAAGGAAUUGUUGAGAUCUGGCAGAUGAGAACUGGACCGCGUCUUCGAAUUAUUCAGUGUGUGAAAGGUGCCAAAAUACUGCAACCCACCUAUAGAUUUGGAUCAUCUACCUCUCCUUAUGUCCCUUUGGAGGUUUUCUUGUUGAAUGGAGAUUCUGGACAAAUUUCAGUCCUUAAUCGAACCCUUAACUGAGUUGUAAAUAGUAAAAAAUUAUUUAUUCCUGAUAUUUACUGUACAAAAAAAAAUUAUAUUAAUUUCUCUAGCUGCUAUUUGAUUUUGUC